UAGAAUUAUGAUAUCUUUGCCGAAUAAUGAACAAGAAAAAGAUCCAUUACUCCGAGCACUUGGAGAACUUGGCGAAGGAUCUAGUUUUUUGUGGAAAAUCUUUCUCAUUUCUAUUGUUCCGACAUUAAUCAGUGGAGUGCAAGCCAUAUCUUACGUAUUUACAGCAGAUAUACCUACACACUGGUGUGAAGUGAAAGAAUUGAAUGCAUCCAACUGGACGAAAAAUCAAAUUAAAACUAUUUCUUCUGCAAGUUCCUGCACUUCCUAUAAUUAUAAUUAUACAUAUUUUGUGAAAAUGGGAUACGAUGGAGCUUUGAACUACACUAAAGGUCACAAAUUACCAGAAACUUCAGAGUGCACCAAUUAUUUAUUUGAAAAUGACCUUGGCCGAAAAUCGAUGGUUGAAGAAUGGGGUCUCCUUUGUAGAUAUGCACACCAAAGACCAGCUGUCCAAAUGGUUUUGAUUUUGGGGAAAACAAUAGGAGCUUUUGUUUUCGGUACCCUCUCAGACAAAUUAGGCAGAAAAACAGUUUUUGUAAUUGGAGUUAUUUUAUUGAGUAUUUCUGGACCUUUAAGUGCCGUUGUGCCUUGGUAUUGGGUUUUUGUCAUUCUCAUAUUGCUAAUUGGAUGCAGUCAUCCUGCUAUUCUGAACUCCUCCUACACCAUAUUAAUAGAAGUUGCCGCAAAGAAGAACAGACAAUGGAUGGGAAUUGCUUAUAAUUGUGGGUAUCCAAUCGGAACAAUAAUUGUUACUGGAGUAGCAUACUGUUCUAGCCAUUGGAGACAUGUGCAAUUGGCAUGUACCGUUCCUGCUUUAAUUUUAAUAUUCUUUAUAUGGUUUCUUCCAGAAUCUCCAAGAUGGUUAGUUUCCAAAGAACACAGGGACGAAGCAAGAGAUAUUAUUGAGAAACCGUAUGGUAAAAUCAUUCAAGAUAAUACGAGAAUUUCUAUAAUAACUUUGGAAAGUUUGAUUAUGGAAUCAAAUAAUUCUGAAUCAGAGGGAAAGAAAAAACUCAAUCUCUUUUAUAAAUAUUUCAAAAGUCUAUGGUUACUUUACUCGCAUUGUGAAUUAAGGAAAAGAGCUGCUAUCAUAUACGUUUUAUUGUUUGUAGCUUCGGUGUCUAAUUAUUCUUUAGCUUUGAAUGGCAGAAAUUUUUCUCUUGAUUCGUACCUCUACAUUUUUCUACUGGGACUCACAAAAAUACCUUCUUGUGUAUUACCGAUACCACUGUUAAUGGUCAUGGGCCGGCGAAACUCAACCGUAUUACUAUAUUGUUUUUGUAGUUUUGCAUUUUUGAGUACUUUAGUUAUACCAGAGUCAGAAGAUAAUAUUAUUAUGGUAGCUAGAUUGAUCGGGAGAUGCGUUGUAUCUGCUGUAUUUAGCAUCAUUAUUUUGUAUACGUGCGAGUUAUUCCCCACGGUAGUGAGGAAUACAGCUUUCGGAUCCAGUGUAGCAAUCUUAAAUGUUGGAAGUCUUUUAGCCCCUCUUAUUGUCAAUAUGUUGCAAGACAAAGUGUGGUGGGCACCAAACACACUUUGUGCUGUUUUAGUUUUAUUCGCUGGAUUUUUGUCUUUCAAACUUCCUGAGACAAGGGAUAGAAAAUUAACCAAUACGAUCGACGAAGAACUCGAAGAAUCAAAAAAUGUGGAGAAGUCUUUGUGCUGUUAAGUUACAGAACUGAUUUAAUUGAAACGCUAGUAACUCAAUAUUAAUCCUUGCUCAAAUUUUCCUGCUUUUAUUUAUUCUAAUUUAAUUUAAUUUUUUUAAAUAAAAAUUAUUUU